AUGGCUGCUAAAGAAGUUGUUUUGAAUGAAACCACUAUUCUUCAAGAAAUUCUUUCUUAUUCUGAUUCCAAUAGUAGUAAUGAUGAAAGCGAUGUUGAAAUUAAAAAAAUUUCAUAUUCUGUUGUCUUGAAGCAAUGUAAAUCACUCAUACAAUAUGUAGAGCAACAAGAGCCAGUAAAAUUUGUUAAGGACCAAGACUUACCACAAUUGCGAAGUUUGUUAAAAUGA